AUGAUUUUUAGCAAUGGCAAUCUAUCUGUAUUGAAUGAAUAACAAGAUUCUACUAAAAUUGAUCAUAUAAAAGCUCAAAAAUGUUGGAGUGUAAUUUAUAAUACAUUAAUUGAAAACUUUUUAACUUUAAGAAGAGAUUGCUAAGAAUAUUAGACCGAAAACAAAAAAGGUGUUUAUUUUUAAAAUCACAAUAUGUAAGUAUUUAAAUAAAUAGUAUUAUUAAUAGUGAUCAGAGAGAAGAAAGUUUAAUGAUAAAAUUAGAGACUCAAAAUAUUGAAUAAUUUAAAUUUCUAAUUUGGCAAGGAGCUCAAAAUUCAAAUAAAAAUUUUAUUGGUCAUUGGAUACCAUUCUGGAAAGGAGAAAAUUUAUGUGCAGGAGGUUAUUAUAAUAAUUAAGGGAUUAAAAUUGGAUUAUGGAAUUAAUUAUUUGAAUAUUAUUGGGAGUAUAAUAAUUUAUUAUAGUAGUAAUGCUUAAAUAACCUUUUAUGGAAUAUAUCAUAAUGGAAUAAAAGUUUAAAACUGGAAAAUUGUUUAUUUAAAUCAUAUAAUGUAAAAAUAUUUAUAUUAUUAGUGGAGGUGGAUAAUAUAAUUAGCUAUCUGAAAAAUAAGGGAAAUGGGUUGAAAUUGAUUCAAAUUUUUAUAAGUACUUUAAUUAAAAUUUCAAAGUCUUAACAAAGUAAAGCUUAUUGGGGAAUAUCAUAAAGGAAAAAAAGUCGGACUUUGGUAAAUUAUGAAUAAUUCUAAAAUUGUGUAUAAAUAAUUAUUAUGUUUUUAGAGGAUUAGGUAUAUUUGGUUAUAAUGGAAUGAAAAAGGGUAGAUGGGUUGAAUUAUCUGAAAAUUUUUGGAAGUAAUAAAAGGAUUAUUUUUAUAGUUGUUCCAUACUUAUAUAAACAGGAAGGUAUCAAAAUGGAAAAAAAGAAGGAAUUUGGUCAAACGAAUUUAAAGAGGAUUCAGAUAAUGAUUCUUCAGUUAUGUAAGAUAAAAAUAAAAUAGUAGUGGAGGAGGUGAAUACAAUCAAAAUGGAUUAAAAGAUGGAAAUUGGAUUGAAUUACAUGAAAAUUUUUGGAAGUUAUUUAAUUUCAAGAUUAUUAUAGUUGCUGUUAAGUGACUUAUAAUGGGAACUAUCUUUAUGGUAAAAAAAUAGGAAAAUGGUAAACGAUUUACGCAGAUAAUUUGGUGUAAGAUUUAUUUUCUUUUAAAUUAUAGAGGAGGUGGUACAUAUAAUUAUUAAGGAAUUAAAAUUGAAAAAUGGAUUGAAUUAUUCGAAACUUUUUAAGAGUAAUUGUUUAUUUAUAUUUAUUAAGCAACUAAUAAGUAUUUUAUCAAGGUCAAUAUUAAUUGGGAAUAAAAAUUGGAAAAUGGGAAAUUCUUUAUCAUGAAAACGAUUUAGGAUUAUAGAAGUUGUAAGAAAUGCUGUAAAUUUUAAGAGGCGGAGGUGAUUAUGAUAAUAAAGGGAGAAAAUAAGGAUUUUGGGUAGAACCUUAUUUUAAUUUUUGUGAGUACUAGUAAUUAAUUUAUUUUUAGCUAAUGCUAAAUCAUCUAUGUUGGAUAAUAUCAUCAGAGUAAAAGAAUUGGAUAAUGGAAGAUUAAUUUUAGAGUUAAUUCAAAUGAACAAUUCUUAUUAAUGUAAAAACAGAAUUUAAUCUUUAAAAGAGGAGAAGGUUUUUAUGACUAAAAAGGUAGAAAAUAAGGAAAUUGGGUAGAAUUGUAGGAAAAUUUCUGGAAGUAUAUUAUUUCCUUCAAAAAUUUAGUUACAAUCAAAUUUUAUUUUUAGGUUAAUAUGAAAAAGGUAGAAAAAUAGGAAAAUGGGAUACAAGCUAUAGAAAUUAAUCUGAUUAAGAAUUUAGACUUAUGUAUUGUUAUAAUCGAAUUUAAGUGGAGGUGGUUAUUAUAAUCAUAAUACAUUAAAAGAAGGAUAUUGGGUAGAAUUAUUUUUCAAUUUUAAUGCGUAUUUAAACUGAUUUAUUCAUCAAUAGCGUAUUGCCAGUAAUUUUUGCUGGAAUUUAUAUAAAUGGAAUAAAAGUAGGGGACUGGAACUAUUUUUAUUAAAAAAAAUCAGAAAUAGAAUUUUAUUAAUGGUAAUAAUACUUUUUUAAUUUUAAGUGGUGGAGGUAGCUUUGAUUAGAAUGGUAUUAAAAUAGGGAAAUGGAAUGAGUUACAUAAUAACUUUGGUAGGUACUUUAAGUUAUGUGAUUCUAGAUUUUAUGAAGUAAAAAUGAUA